AAGUCGAACAAAACAUAGAGACUAUUCUGGGACUUUUGCUAUCGGUAGAGCAACGUACGUAUGCUUGGACGACGAGACUUGAAGAAAAGAGAUAUCAUCAAAAGCGAAAGAUAAAACCAAAAAUGGAUCCUCAAAUCUGGCACAAAGUUGCUGCUAUAUCUGGUGUAGCUGCUCUUGGUUUAGGAACUUAUGGUGCUCAUGGAUUCAACCCCAAAAAUCCCACUUACAAAGAGGUGUGGCAUACUGCAUCAUUGUACCAUCUGGUUCACACUGCUGCCCUUGUUGCUGCGCCUAUCACUAAACAUCCAAACAUUUUUGGAGGACUGCUAACUGGUGGAAUUGUGGCUUUCUCUGGAACUUAUUCCAAGUGGUUUUAUGACUCAUUCUCUGGAGUAGUCUGCUACUCAAUGUAACUGUAAAUAAAUCUUCAGAGGGUCUUUUGACUACAUGCUAGUUGCUACUUCAAAUGCUGACUCUUAGGAGCAGCUCCCCACCCUUGCAGGAAAAUAGUACUUCCUUUUUCCCUACUUAUAACACACUUUUUAUUGAGCCAAACACAUUGUAUACUUAUUUACGAUGUGAUAAUGUUUGAUGGAUAAGAUCAUGGAAUGGUGCUGGAAAGCUGACCAUUUGGUAUUCACAGCAUUCUGGAAUAAAAAGAUCUAUUAUUUAUCCGGAUUUUAGAUGUUACUUAUCUUCUGAAUUGAACAUUUAGCAGAAUAUCCAUUUUCACUUCAGUAAUGAGUAGGGCCGGGCAUAUUUUGGUUUAAACCGAAAAAAUUGAACCGAAAUUUAAUUUUGGUUUGGUUUUUGGUUUUUCGGAUUGG